AUGUCUGACGCCAACAAGAACCCCGGAGCAUCGCUCGCCGAGGAUGACUUCGAGUUCAUCGAGACUCCCGCGGCUCCCACUCCAGUUUCUGGAGAGUCAGACUGUGGUGUGAGGACGACUUCGUACAAAGCCAUCAAGAACGCUCCCCUCCCUGCCGACGGUCCCGCCAGCGACAACUUCAGCAACACACUCCUCUUCACCCUCCUCGCCGUGAUUCCCGGGUACAUUGCCUACCAACUCGGCGGCCGCUUCUGGACAUGGCUCUUCUUCCUCAUCCUCACCGCGAUCCCCAUCCUCAUGGCAUUCUGGACCAUCGCGUCCGGCAUGUCUCCCCGUCUCAACGAAAAAGCUCGCUACCCCGGUAGACCCAUCGAACACUACCUGAAGUUCAAGAACGAGGCGGACAGGAGGAAAUACCGCGGCAAGAACAAGAUCCCCAUGGAGACUUUCCACGAGAUGUACUUCGCCGGCGACGUCGAUUUCAAAGGCGACUGUCUCGAAGUCAUGGAAUACCGCCACGACUGGGCCAACUUCCGCUUCACCCUCUCCCUCUUCUGGUUCUUCCUGACCGGCAUGAUGCCCGAAGUGAUCAUGCACACCCGCUCGCAAGACGAAGAACAAGUCCGCGACCACUACGACCGCGGCGACGACUUCUACGGCUGGUUCCUCGGCCCACGCAUGAUCUACACCUCCGGCGUCAUCUCCGACAUCAACCAGGAAGAAUCCCUCGAACAACUCCAAGACAACAAACUCUCCAUCGUAUGCGAGAAAAUCGGCCUCCAAAAGGGUGAGCGUAUGCUCGACAUCGGCUGCGGCUGGGGCACCCUCGCGAAAUUCGCUUCGGUCAACUACGGCGCUCAUGCGACUGGUGUCACGCUCGGCCGCAACCAGACGGCGUGGGGUAACAGCGGUCUCCGCAAGGCGGGCAUCACAGAAGAGCAGAGCAAGAUUUUGUGCAUGGACUACCGCGACAUUCCCGUCCCGGAAGGCGGCUGGAACAAAAUCACCUGUCUCGAAAUGGCCGAGCACGUCGGUGUGCGGUACUUUGGCACUUUCCUCAAGCAAGUCCACGACAUGCUCGAUGAUGAUGGUGUCUUCUUCCUGCAAAUCGCGGGUCUGCGCAAGAGCUGGCAGUAUGAGGAUCUCAUCUGGGGUCUGUUCAUGAACAAGUACAUUUUCCCCGGCGCCGACGCCUCAACACCCUUGGGUUUCUUCGUGGACAAACUCGAAGGCGCAGGAUUCGAAGUCAAAGCCGUGGACACGAUUGGUGUGCAUUACUCCGCCACAUUGUGGAGGUGGUACAGAAACUGGAUGGCGAAUAAGGAGAAGGUCGUGGCCAAGUAUGGAGAUCGGUGGUUCAGGAUCUGGGAAUUCUUCCUCGCCUACAGCACCAUCAUCUCCCGCCAAGGUUCCGCGACGUGCUACCAAAUCACGCUGGUCAAGAAUAUCAACUCCACUCAUCGGAUUGAGGGGAUUCACAAUGCUCAUGGGUUGAGCGGCGCUCUGAAGGCUAGCAAGGAGGCGGGCAAGCACGCUUUCCCUGGGAGCAAGAAGGAUUAGAUUUGAGGAUGUCCAGGAAGAGAGAGGGAGGGCAUCUACUGCGUUGAACAGAAGCUUUUCGCAACCAAAAGAAUCGUUCUCAGCGACGACAGAGCUAGUGGCUUGUACAACAUGUAGAGGAGAAAACAUAGACACAAAAAGCAAGCGUGAGAUUCUGAUG